AUGUGUAACUCAUGUGCUUCUGAAACUCCAGAACAUAUGCUCUUGCAUUGUUCUUUCUCUAAAAGUGUUUGGUAUAAUAUCCCUGUUGUGAGCCAGCAUGUUUUACAGGAUUCUGAUACCCAAAUUAGUGUUAAGGAAUGGAUUUCCAAAUGGUUUUCUACUAGUCAUCUACAAGACCACCUUGUUACUGCUAUGACAACUGCCUGGUGCAUUUGGAAAGACAGAUGCUCUAAAGUGUUUGAGGACAAAAUCUUAAAUUCCCAAGUCACAGCUAGAACUGUUAUUAGAAUAGAUGAAGAUACUGUCAAUUCUUUAGCUGCAGAUUCCUUCUCUCAUAAUGUUAGCACAACCACUAUUAAUGAGUCUAAUAGUUUUCUGUCUGUCCCCCAAGAUUGCCUUACCAUAUACUGUGAUGCCUCUUUUGAUAAAGAUACUAACAAAGCUGAUGUUGGAAUUGUGGCAAUGCAUUCUACAUGUAGAUUCAAUGAAUCCAAACUAGUCUCAGGAAGAGAUGUCAGUCCUGAAGAAGCUAAAAGUACUACACUGCUGGGGGCUGCUAAAUGGAUUAAGGAAAGAAAUUUCCAGAAUAUUUACUUAAUUAGUGAUGCCAAAAAUGUUAUGGCUUGUUUAAAUAAAUGCAAAGGCCAAAUUAGUUGGACCUCUUGCUAUGUCUUAGAUGAUUGCUUGUUUCUAUUACAUGAUACCAAUAUUCUCUGCUUUAAACAUUUUAAGAGAGAACUAAAUGGUCUUACAGAUAUAGCUGCUAAGCAUAGUAGAGUUCUAAAUCUUACAGGAGAAUGGUACGAGGAUAACUGUUCGAACGCUGGGAUUAACAAUUUUAAAGGCUGGGAUAUAGCUGUUAAAUUAUCUGUUUCUUUACUUCCUAGUUGUCUUCUACUAGCAUUAACAAUUUUAAAGGCUGGGAUAUUUCCACAACUAUGA